AUGCAGCGAGCCAACUACGGGCAGUCACCCCCUCUGCACCAUCCCGUGCCCCAGCACGUAUCGACGGUGCCGCAGCUUCGGUCACCUCCCCCUCCACCGGGCUCCGCGCAGUCGCAACAAGGCUACGGCGGCAAUCCGUACCAGCAGCAAGGCGGCGGUACGGGCAACGUCUUUGGCGCCUAUGGCCAGUUCAUGAACGAUCCGACGGCCCAGGUCGCCGCCCAGUUUGGCCAGACGGCUUUCAAGCACGGUCAAGAAUAUGUCGAGCAAAACAUCGGUCGCUAUGUCAACGUCUCGGCCCUCAAGCACUACUUCAACGUUUCCAACUCCUAUGUCAUCAAUAAGCUCUUCGUCGUGCUCUUCCCUUGGCGACACAAGCCGUGGGCGCGAAAGCAGGGCACGGCAACCAAUGGCCAGGAAGGCUGGUACCUACCGCCGCGCGACGACAUCAACAGCCCCGACAUGUAUAUCCCGGUCAUGGCUAUCGUAACCUUUAUCCUCCUCUCGACUCUCAUUGCCGGCCUUCGAGGCGAUUUCCAGCCUGAGCUUCUCGGUUACACCGCAACAAAGGGAUUCGUCGUUGUUGUUGUCGAAAUUAUCGCUCUGAAACUGGGAUGCUACCUUCUUAGCAUCUCAAGUCAAUCUCAGCUUUUCGACUUGAUUGCCUACUCUGGCUACAAGUUUGUUGGCAUUAUUACCACUAUCGCUGUGGCCGAAAUCGUCAACGGUGGCAAGGGGACUGGCGGUUGGGUUGGCUGGACCAUUUUCCUGUACACUUUCCUUGCCAACUCCCUCUUCCUGAUGCGAUCUUUGAAAUAUGUCCUGCUACCUGAAAACGCUGGCAGCAAUGGUGCACCUAUGCAAACCGACUCAAGAGCGAAGCGCAACCAGCGAACCCAAUUCCUCUUCUUUUACUCAUACAUUGUGCAGUUUUUCUUCAUGUGGGUGCUGACGCGAGCAUAA